AUGAAGAACGAACUUUCCUUUACAGUCCUUGCGCUGCUUUUACUGGUGCACAGCUCUCAAGAAGUCUAUGUACAGGAUGGAGACUUGAAAUUCUCCCUUGAGUCUGUGAAGAAGCUAAAGGAGCUUAUGGAUGAGAACAGACACAUUAACCCUCGCAUGGUGGUUUCAAAGGCUAGCUAUUCUCCUUGUGAUGAUAAAUACCUUCCUGAGGAGUUUCAAGCUGUGUGCAAAAGAGAAGAUGCAUCCAUUAUUUUUGAGAGGCUGAACCUAGCUGUCCAAGAUGGUGAUUUGUGUGAAAUUUGUGCCAAUGCUGCCUGUGCUGGUUGCUUUUGA